AAAAUAUACUAAAUUAUAAUUAAAUAUUCAGAAUUCCUGCAUUUCUCGCUGGAAAAAAAAGCCCUUGGAGCUGAGCUGCUUGCUUUUUCGUUCCGAAGCCUUUCGAUUUCUUUCCCCUUUUUGUUUUUCAUCUCCGCUAUUUUUCAUUUAUUAUUUGGGAUUGGGACUUCCUUGUAUGGAAUUAUAGUUCCAGCGAAGGAGAACAAUGUCGGGAUCUGAGACCGGAGUGAUGUCCAGCGGCGAGCCCUUCACCAUCGGUCUCCAGAAGAAUUCAGUACAAUCACAACAGUCGGUCAUGCAGGGCAUGCAUUUACCCUUCGGCGCCGACGGCGUCUACAAGCCCGUUGCCGCCGCCUCUCCCACCUACCAGUCCUCCGGCGUCGGAGUUGCCGGUAAUGCCGGUGCCGAUGGAUCUGCUCGUGAAGCUUUCGUUAACAUGAAUUCACAAAGCGAGCCUGUAAAGAGGAAGAGAGGGAGGCCUCGGAAGUAUGGGCCAGAUGGCAGUAUGGCACUGGCUCCUGCAGUCCGCUCUGCCGCUGCAACUCAGCCCAGUGGAGGUUUUUCUCCUCCACCCACCGCCGCGCCUCCGUCUGGAGGAUCAGCUUCUCCAACUUAUUUGAAGAAAGCCAGAGGCAGGCCCCCUGGCUCCUCCACCAAAAAACAGCAGUUGGAUGGUUCGGGGUCAGCAGGAGUUGGAUUUACCCCACAUGUCAUCACCGUAAAAGCUGGAGAGGAUGUAUCUUCGAAAAUAAUGUCAUUUUCACAGAAUGGUCCUAGAGCUGUUUGUAUCCUUACGGCAAAUGGAGCAAUAUCCAAUGUGACUCUACGUCAACCAGCCAUGUCUGGCGGAACCGUGACUUACGAGGGGCGAUUUGAGAUUUUAUCGCUAUCUGGAUCCUAUCUCCUCUCCGAGAACGGUGGCCAGCGGAGUCGAACGGGAGGUUUAAGUGUUUCAUUAUCUGGACCAGAUGGUAGAGUAUUAGGUGGUGGAGUGGCUGGUCUUCUAACGGCAGCAUCUCCUGUACAGGUGGUGGUGGGGAGUUUCAUCACUGAUGGGGGGCACAAGGAAUUGAGUGUAAACCAAAUAGAACAGCUGCCUGUUACUGCACCCCAUAAACUUGCUCCGAUCCGUGCUGGAAUGACAGGGGCCAGCAGCCCGCCAUCACGUGGGACUCUCAGUGAAUCCUCAGGAGGGCCCGGGAGUCCGUUUAAUCAGAGUGGUGGAGCCUGCAAUAAUAACCCCAUACCUUGGAAGUGAAACUCGAGUUGCUUCGUUAACUCACUUGAUUUGCUAAUAUGGCAGGCCAACAUGGAAUCUGGUGCUCUAUUUUCUAAUUUGUUUUAGAUGCACCUGUAAUUUAAGUUUAGCCUUACAGGAUAAUGUAACUCUUUCCAGUUUGGGUUGGCUUGUGCCCGCUGGAAACAAAAGACGACACCAAUAGUUUCAGUUAGGAAUUAUAAGUUUAUGAAAUAGCUGUGUUUUGUUUAUUAUUAAGAUAGUGGUGGAAUUGCAAAUGAUGAGUUUAUUUCAA